GGGAGGAUAGUCCUCGAGGGCGGAGGGAAAACUUUUCCUCCAUUGUUGGUUUAUUUCAGCGGGCAGGAGAGGAGCGACGAGCCGCGUUCAGGCUGUCCAGGGAGGCAGACAUGGACUCCGGAAACUCGAACGGCUAAAGUUCCCGGAGAGAUCACCAACCUUGCACAAAUGGACUUGAGAUAACUGAAGUUCGACCUUCAUCCUGACCUUCAUCCCGUCCCGAAGCCUCCAACCUUCAACCAGAAUGACUGAUCCCAUGGAGCUGAGCUUUGAUGGAGAAGGGGCAGGUGUGGCUGAUGUUGAUGCUUGCAGUUUGGAAAUAGAGCGAACAUACGAUGUCAUUCCCACCGUCAUCUGCUCCAUGUCUUGCCUUUUUGGCAUCAUCUACUGCUUCUUUGGUUACCGAUGUUUCAAAGCUGUCAUGUUCCUGUCCGGCCUGAUGUUCGGCUCAGUCAUCAUUUUCCUGUUGUGCCACAAGGAGCAUGUUUUCGACACCCAGCUGAGCGUGGAGGCCAGUGCAGGUAUCGGCCUCGGCAUUGGCCUCCUCUGCGGCCUUGUCACCAUGCUGGUGCGAAGCGUUGGCCUCUUCAUGACGGGCCUGCUGCUGGGGCUCCUCCUGGCCCUUGCUGGGCUACUGGCCACCUACCAGUUCUACACACCGACUACAGUCUGGGUGCCGUUGGGCGCUCUUCUGGGAAUAGGCAUGCUGUUCGCCGUGCUGACUCUGCAGUGGCAGAAGAUGUUCACGGUGCUCUCCACGGCCGUGUUCGGAGCAGCCAUCAUGACUGUGUGUGCUGAUUACUUUGUGGAGAUGCUGGCUUUGCCCUCAUACUUGUAUGACUGCUUACGCCUCAUGCCCCAGCCGGCGCUUUGCUGGUACAGCUGGGUCAUUCUGGGCAUCUGGCCUGCUCUUAGUAUCAUUGGAGUUCUGGUCCAGUGGAAACUGACGGAUGACAGCUUCUCACACACUGAGGUUGUCAUCGGUCAGAGACAGAAGAGAGUCCAGCUGAUGCGGAUUCGAGAGAAGGACGCCAAGAAACGACAGCAGGCAGGUGGGCAGGAAGGCACAUACCGUCGUAAACCCACCCCAGUCAAACGCUACGCCGGGGACCUACUGGCACCGAGCUACCUACAAAGUUUGCGAGACAGACAGAUGGGAACCGGUACUUCCCUUAGCAGCCUCGGCACCGUCAACCAAACCGUGAUCGACCUGGACUACGACACCAGUUCCACGGUUCCCCUCACAGCCACAACUCCAGUCGUCAGGGUCUGAGACGAGAAGAGACUCACUUCACGCCGUCUUCUUAACGUAGAGGAUCUUCUUUAGGAAGAGUAGUUGCACGUCUUCCUUUACGUAGAGUAGAACCGCCCACGGCUCCAGUCUCCAGGGUUCAAUUGCUGUGAAAUAGGUUUUGAAGCGACGUGUUUGUUUUUUUUAAAUCCACAGAGUGAACAGGUUGCUGCUCUCUGCGGGAAAACAGUGGAUGUUAAACUCCUGUUUGAUGACUCGAAAACCACUGCAGCUCCUGCGUUUUCUUUGAAAAACCUUAAACAAACAGCUCGCAAAAUAAGGUUAUUCAUUUUCACUCAUGAUGUAUAAAAUACAUAAUAGCAAAUACGAGCCUUGUUUGACAUUACGUGUACUGUACUUCAAUAAUUAGUCAUUACCAUGAAGGCUUGUAUUCUCAUUUGUCAUACUUUCUAGCUGGAUGGGCAUAGGAUUUAUGGAAAGUCUACAAAGUGAUUUUUAUUUGUUGUUUUUUAAAUGGAGUUUGGUGAGAGUGAAAUAUUGCAUGUGAAUGAAAAGCCCUCAUCAGGAUCUAUUAGAGAACCACUUUAAAGCCGUUUUUACCUUGUGUGAGUAUAAACAGCAAUCAGUGAAGACAUUUAUGUUGUGAACGCUUGUAUGGAUGUUGUUUUUUUUUAAUAAUUUAUCUAAUAAAGUACCUGGUAAUGUUGUUGUUUUUUAAUCGAGGACAGGCAUGUUUGUUGUCCUCCUGCCUUUUGUGUCUGAAUACUUUUCAACCAGAGCAACACACUUGUAAAUACCCGUUAAGAUUUUCA